GCCAGGGACGGAGAAGCCUAGCUACCAUACAAAGUACGAGUAUCAAGAUCAAGGUGUCGAAUACCAGACAUGAAGUCUUUCUUGGCUGUUCUUGUUCUCGUCUCUUUUCUCUCGUUUGUUGAGCUCAGGGAUGCAAGAAAGGAGCCGAGGGAAUAUUACUGGAAGAGCAUGAUGAAGGAUCAGCCUAUGCCGGAAGCAAUCAAGGACCUUUUCGUUCAAGAUCCUGCCGGUGCUGGCAAACUGGGCCAUUUUGUCAAGGAUUUCGAUACGAGGCACAGCGCCAUCAUAUAUCACAGUCAUGACGAGAAGGACGAGCUGAAAGAAACGAAUCCUACGAAUGCUCGGGAUCACGAGGAAGACAAGGCAUAUGCGCCAUGAGGAGAGAAAACUUGUGAUCAAGACUUAUCACUUGUGUUUGUAGAGCAUCAAGGAGUGCUGUGCUUUUAACUGGUUAAUUAGUAUGUACAAGUGUGGCUAUGUUAUUAAAAUAUUAAAGACGUGCUCAUAAAGUUAGGCACAAGUCGGUAGCUGUAUGAAGGGGGUUCAGAAACCUUAACUUCAAUAAAAAGAGAAUCAUAUCUCUUAAGAAAUGAUCAAUUAAAUACAUUUUUGUCAAUAA